UUUCCAAAAUUCCCCAUUUUAUUGAUUUUUUUAUUUGAAGAUUGGGUCACAUGAUCAUCCUCCUCAUUCAUUUUGCAACCAAGUACAGGAGAAACUUCUCAUCUUCAUGAGAGUCUCAACUGACUUCUUUCCCCGUCUCUUCUUCUUCUUCUUCUUCUUCUCUUCUCUGAAACUCCGCUUUCCGGCAGCUGGAAUCAACUUUCUCAAUCAACGAAAUUCCAAAUUCCGUUAAACUCUAACAACAAUCUUCCACUUCUAGUUUAUAAUUAACAAAUUCCAAUUCCAACAAAACAAAUUUUGUUGUUUCUUGUUGUAUUUUAAUGUCGAAUCACGGAUCACCAUAUCCUCCAUAUGGAGGAGGAGAUCCAUAUAGAUAUCCACCACCACCACCACAAUCACAACCACCAAAUUCAGAUCCAUAUGCACCUGUUUAUCCUCCAAGACCUGGUUACCCCCCAUAUCAACCUCAACCAUACCCAUAUCAGCAACCACCUUCAGCAUACCCACCACCAUCUUCAGCUUACCCACAUCCACCACCACCUUCUGAUUAUCAGUAUCCACCAUACUCUUCACCUCCUCCUCAUUAUUAUGCUCCAAACCUUAAUCCCCAAAUUCAUAACCCUUACCCAUACCCAUAUUCGUAUCCAAAUCCUAAUACAGUACCACCACCACCAACACAGCCUCACCUUUCUCAUCAGCCUGGUUUAAGUCAUCAGCCAAGUUUAUCACACCAUGGUAGUUUUCAUUAUGUUAAUCAACAUUAUGACAAUCCGUCGGGGCCGGCCCGUCUCGAUAGUUUCCAUGGAUAUGAACGACAAGAGAGUUCGGCACCUCCAUUGCCGGAUAAAGAUUCUUCUUCGUCGUAUUAUCCGCAUUUGGAUGAUGCUUUAAGUAAUAUGCAUUUAUCUGAGCAGCAUCAGCAACCACAAUCUUCUGGUCCUCCUCAAGUAUCAUCACCACCAGGAUUGAGUUCUAAACCGUCGCUUCAAAGCCAUAGUAGUGCGAGGUACGAUCAUCGAACCGAUAUGUAUGGUUAUUCGGAUAAUUCAUUUUCAAGUAGUCAUCAGCAUCGGCCUACUGGAUCACCUCAUCAUGUUUAUUCAAAUUCUUCGUCGUUUAAUGGUAGUUCACAUUAUAAUCAGAAUCUACCAAUCGUACCAGCUAAUGGGUUACAAAUUGUACCUGUUCCAUCUAAGGGCGGGUCUUUGAAGGUUAUGCUAAUGCAUGGGAACUUUGAUAUAUGGGUGUAUGAAGCGAGAAAUCUACCAAAUAUGGACAUGUUUCAUAAGAAGAUAACUGAUAUGUUUGGUGGUUUUCCUGGAAAAGCAGCGAAAUUGGAAGGGCACCUUACUCAGAAUAAGAUAACAAGUGAUCCUUAUGUGACUAUUUCAGUUUGCAAAUCUGUAAUUGGCAGGACUUACGUGAUGAGUAAUAAUGAGAACCCAAAUUGGUUGCAACAUUUUAAUGUGCCUGUUGCACAUCAUGCUGCGGAAGUUCAAUUUGCUGUUAAAGAUAACGAUGUUGUUGGUUCUCAGCUUAUAGGAACUGUUUCGAUUCCUACAGAACAGCUUUACUAUGGAGCUAAAGUUGAGGGAAGUUACCCGAUUCUCGGUUCUAAUGGGAAACCUUGCAAACCUGGAGCUCAAUUGAGGCUUUCGAUUCAGUACAUCCCAAUUGACAGAUUGACUGUUUUUAGUAGUGGAGUUGGGGCGGGUCCUGAUUACACUGGGGUUCCUGGUACCUAUUUUCCUCUAAGAAAAGGUGGGAAAGUUACAUUGUAUCAAGAUGCUCAUGUUCCCGAUGGUUCUCUGCCGUCUCUGAAGCUUGAUCAUGAGAUGCAUUAUGAUCAUGGGAAAUGUUGGAGUGAUAUUAUGACUUCGAUAAGUCAGGCACGCCGUUUAAUUUACAUCACUGGGUGGUCUGUGUACCAUAAAGUUGUCUUGGUUCGAGAUGCUGCAUAUAAAGCUGACUACACGCUGGGAGAUCUUCUCAAAGACAAGUCACAAGAAGGAGUUCGCGUGCUACUUCUUGUAUGGGAUGAUCCUACUUCGAGGAACAUCUUGGGUUAUAACACGGAUGGACUAAUGGCAACCCAUGAUGAGGAGACUCGCCGUUUUUUCAAGCACUCGUCUGUGCAAGUUCUGCUUUGUCCUAGAUCUGCUGGAAAACGUCACAGCUGGGCCAAACAACGGGAAACUGAAACCAUCUAUACACAUCAUCAGAAGACAGUGAUUGUGGAUGAUGAUGCAGGUAAUAAUAGGAGAAAAAUUGUAGCUUUUAUUGGAGGGCUUGAUUUGUGUGAUGGGCGAUAUGAUACUCCACAGCAUCCUAUAUUUAGGACAUUACAGACACUGCAUAAAGACGACUAUCACAACCCUACUUAUACGGGUCCCACUACUGGUUGUCCAAGAGAACCAUGGCAUGAUAUGCACAGCAAAGUAGAUGGUCCAGCAGCAUAUGAUAUUCUCAACAAUUUUGAACAACGAUGGACAAAGACUUCCAAACGUCACGGAAUAAAAAAACUGAAAAAAUCAUCUGAUGAUGCGCUACUGAGGACAGAAAGAAUGCCAGAUUUUAUUGGGAUAAACGAAAUUCAAUCCUUUAGUGUGGACGAUCCAGAGAGUUGGCAUGUUCAGAUUUUCCGUUCGAUUGAUUCAAAUUCUGUGAAAGGCUUUCCGAAGGAUCCAAAAGAGGCUACAAGCAUGAACCUUGUCUGCGGGAAGAACGUGUUGAUUGAUAUGAGCAUCCACUCUGCAUAUGUGAAGGCGAUCAGAGCUGCCCAACAUUUUAUUUAUAUUGAGAACCAGUACUUCAUCGGUUCAUCAUAUAAUUGGGCUCAACACAAAGACCUAGGUGCAAACAACUUAAUACCAAUGGAAAUUGCAUUGAAGAUUGCCAAUAAAAUCAGAGCAGGUCAGAGAUUUGCUGCUUAUAUAGUUGUUCCAAUGUGGCCAGAAGGUGUUCCAACAAGUACUGCUACACAAAGAAUUCUUUUUUGGCAGCAUAAAACAAUGCAAAUGAUGUACGAGAUUGUGUACAAAGCUUUGGAAGAGGUCGGUCUUGAGGGUGUUGAGCAUCCACAGGACUAUCUGAACUUCUUCUGCCUCGGAAAUCGUGAGGCUCCAGACGGAAGUGAUGCAUCGUUUGGUGGAAGUCCUACUGCAGCAAACACUCCUCAAGCAUUAUCAAGAAAAAGUCGACGCUUCAUGAUUUACGUUCAUUCGAAAGGCAUGAUAGUGGAUGAUGAAUUUGUGAUUUUGGGAUCUGCUAACAUCAAUCAGCGUUCAAUGGAGGGCACCAGGGAUACUGAGAUUGCAAUGGGUGCCUACCAACCCCAGCAUACUUGGGCAAAUAAACAACAUAGUCCACUUGGACAGAUUUAUGGUUAUAGGAUGUCAUUGUGGGCAGAACACAUUGGAAUUGUAGAGGAUUGCUUUACGCAACCGGAGAGCUUAGACUGUGUGAGAAGAGUUAGAUCCAUGGCGGAGUAUAACUGGAAGCAGUUCGCCGCAGAUGAUGUAACAGAAAUGAGAGGUCACCUCCUCAAAUACCCCGUAGAAGUUGAAAGAAGGGGCAAAGUAAAGCCUAUUCCUGGGUGUGAAACUUUCCCUGACGUUGGAGGUAACAUCUGUGGUACAUUUUCCGGCAUCCAAGAAAAUCUUACCAUUUAAAACCAAAUAUGAUAAUCAUUCACACGGUCACUAUGGAAGAUCACCCAGAAGUAGAAAAAGAGAGAUAAUCAAUGAAUUGUGGUUUGGUUUGUGCUAUACAAAAAUAUCAAUCUGGAAAUGGCGUCUUCAACCAUGGCCGAGGUACACGAAGACCUGUUUUUGUUAUUGGUGACACGGGAUGUAAUAUGUAGAGUUGAAACUCGAAAGGGUAUUUUAUUUUUUGUAAUUAGAAACAAGUUUCGAUUGAUAUAUGGUGGAUUUAUAGUGGCUAAUAAAAUUGGUUUGAAAGGUCAGUUUGAGCUGGCUGUAACAAUGAGUUAUUUCACAGAUUUUGCACAGUAAUUAAGUUGAAAUGCAUAAUACAGGAUUACAGGUGUAUACAAAAA